CUCCUCUAUUCAUGGAAGAUCUCUCUCUCUCUCUCUCUCUCUCUCUCUGAGAGGAGUGAUUUUUGUAUUAGAAAAAGCCCACCAGUGUAUUGUUUACCUGUAAAUUAAAUACAUACAGAUUGGGGACACUGAAAGAGAUUUUUUUGAACAACCAUGGGAUUAGGAGGAGAUGGAGAUGGAGAUGGAGAAGGAGAUGGAGUUGACAAGACCCAUUUGUUGCAUUCAACCCUCCCUUCUUCUUCUUCUUCAUCUAUUGAACCCCUCAAACCUUCCCUCAUGAGAACUGGGAACUUAUGGACUGCAUUUGCACACAUUAUAACAGCACUUGUAGGCUCUGGGGUUCUAUCCCUGGCAUGGAGCAUCGCUCAGCUAGGUUGGAUUGCAGGUCCAUUGUCCAUGCUCUUCUUUGCAUCAAUUGCACUUAUAUCUGCCUUCCUUGUCACCAACUGCUACAAAUCUCCCGACUCUGAUUACGGCCCAACCAGAAAUCGCUCCUUCUUGGAAGCUGUUCAGAUGAUUUUAGGAAAGAGGAGUGCUUCGCUUUGCAGCAUUCUCAUACGAUUAAGUAUGUUUAAGGGUGGAAUUGUAUAUACCAUUACAUCUGGCAUCAGCAUGAGGGCAAUUCAGAAAUCAAAUUGUUAUCACAAAGAAGGCCGUGAGGCUGCUUGCGAAUAUGGAACUACUUCUUAUAUGCUUCUAUUUGGAAUUAUACAAAUUGUAAUGUGUCAGAUACCUGAUUUCCACAACAUGGGAUGGCUCUCAACUGUUGCUACAAUCAUGUCCUUCUGUUAUGCUAUCAUCGGAUCGGCACUUGGUUUAGCAAAGUUAAUAGGGAAUGGAUAUAUUAAGGGUGACAUUGUAGGGGUCUCAACUUCUACUGCAACUCAAAAAGUACUGUUGGUAUCUCAAGCGCUCGGUGACAUUGCUUUUGCCUAUCCAUUCUCUGUAAUUCUGCUUGAGAUACAGGACACUUUGAAGUCACCUCCGUCAGAAAAAGUUACCAUGAAGAAGGCUUCAGUGACGGCGACUUGUAUUACAACCAUUUUUUACAUCUGCUGUGGCGGAUUUGGCUAUGCAGCCUUUGGGAAUUCUGCACCGGGAAACCUCUUGACAGGAUUUGGAUUCUACGAGCCAUAUUGGCUCAUAGACUUUGCUAAUGUGUGUGUUUCUGUUCAUUUAGUCGGAUCAUAUCUGUUAUACAGUCAGCCAGUGUUUGCAAUUGUGGAAAGAUGGGCUGCAGAGAAGUACCCAAACAGUGGAUUUGUAAAUAAUAAUUACAUUCUCAAAAUCCCAUUAUUACCUGCUUUUAGAUCAAAUCUUUUCAGGCUGUGUUUUCGAACUACUUAUGUUGCUUCAACAACCAGUGUGGCAAUUAUCUUCCCGUACUUCAACCAAGUCCUUGGAGUGGCGGGAACCUUGACUGCUUGGCCGUUGGAUAUAUAUUUCCCCGUGGAAAUGUAUAUUACGCAGAAAAAUGUCGGAAGGUGGACAAGAAAAUGGAUUGUUCUUCGCGUUUACAGUAUUAUUUACUUGCUAGUGACAACGUUCGCCUUGAUCGGAUCAGUUGGAGGACUUAUAAGUGCAAAAUUCAGCUAAGUUGUUGCAUAAUUACUGAAAGCUAUGAGUGGUGAAGAAUGUGUGGUUGUUACAGACUAACAUGAUAAUCUCAUUUGAAAAUUUUGAGGAUAGAAAUUCUGGUAGGGGUGAGUGAAGAAAUCUCAACAUGGCAGCCUGUGUCGACCAAAAUUGACUCAAAUCAACCUUUGCGGUUUGAGAAGGUGAGUCGGACAGGUUAGAGCGUCUCCAACCCUUACUUAGACUUUUAUCAAAUUUAAAUUUGAUGAAACAAACAUACUUUAUACGCUCUAAUCCAAUAUUGGCAUCAAAUUCAUAUCAAAUGAGGGAAAACUAAAAAUUUCAUCAAAUGAAGGGAGCUUUUCAUCUUUUAUCAAA